CUACAUGAUUACCCACGUCUUCCUACACCUGUGCCUCACAAAAUGACACGAUUUGAAGACAAGAUAUGUCGAGUGAUGACACGAAAAGAAAAACCAAAGUUUUGUACAAACCUUCCGGUGACAGGAGGGACUCUUUUGAAAAAUGGCAAUGUUGCGCUUGCAAGUUAUGGUAAAAGAAAGGUUUCCAUUUUUCGCCUGACGGGUCAGAAGAUAAGGGAUUACAAAAUUCAAAAUCCAUGGGAUGUUGCAGCAAGACUGGAUUGCGUUGCUGGGGAACUCUUGUUUGUUUCUGUUCUUAAAUCAGAAAAAAGAUCAGCCAGAAUUGAUCAAAUCAACCUUAGUGAAGAGAAUCGAAUAACCACAUUCACAAGGAAUGUUGUUUCUCCAUGCGGGAUCGCCUUCACAUUGAAUAAUGAACUAUGCGUCUGUGAAAAGAAAAGUUGCAAGCUAGUGAUUUUUGGUGAAGAUGGUGGAAUAAUUCGGGAAAUAAUCAACACAAACUUUAUAUGUCCCUGGUACAUAGCAGCGAAAUCUCAUGACGAAUUGCUCCUCUCCGACUUCUACGCUUGUUGUGUUUGGCAUCUAAAUUCAUCCGGAGAGAUAAUCGAAAAGUUUGAUAAAACGUCAGAAUCUGAUCCAACUCAGUUUCAUCCUGCUAAAUCUGUAUAUAGCGAUAGAAAGAUUUUCAUCAGUGACCAAGAUGGAGGAAAAGUUCGUAUUCUCUCUCAAACAGGACAGGUUCGCACAGUCAUUGCACGGCUUGAUCCGCAUGAGGAUAAUUUCUGUCCUGUAAUUUUACUUGCGGACGACAAUGGUCAUCUAAUUAUUGUAUCGAAAAAUGGUGAAGUUUUUGUCAUGCAAAUUCCAACGGAGGACAUGAAGAUAAAAAUAUUUUGAUAACAAACGUUUAACUUAUGUUCGAUUGAUUAAUUCAUAUGUACAGCUUUAUAAAUUUGGUAAUAAUGAGUACCGA